AUGUCCACAGCAAAACUCCCCGAGCCCCUCAUUCUUGCAUGGGCAUUGCAAAACAACAUCGAGAAACAUCCUGAGGGCAACCGGAAAAUUGUUGUCACCAGUCUACUCACCUUGGCUACUACAGCGGCACGUCUAGCCUGCCAUCUGGCCGAGGACCGGGGCCCCGACACCAUUGACAAGUACUGCGUUCUUCAGGAGGAGGUAGGGAAAGGCACAAAGGGCGUCCUAAACACUUUCAAUUCAGUUUUCGACUGGUUUGAGAAGAGCUCGAAUGAGCUCGACUCGGUGGGAGGAAACACCACAUCGGCCAGCACCCAGGAGGACGCCCAGGAACCUCCCGUGGGGACGUCGGCUAUUUUUGCGGAGAGCUCCCCCCCUCGCCACGAUAUUGCAUCCCUUGAACCCUCUCUUGCACACUCAUUAGUUGACUCUCUUGUACCGCCCCUCCUCACGGCUCUCAAGGCACCUUUGCUGGACACCCUUGUCGAUCCACUCCGGACAUCUUUGGCUCACGAUCCUGCUCUUUUGGCGACCCUUGUGGCGGCCUUGCGUGUUCCCUUGGCUGACGAGCUCCUCUUGUGCAACCCUCCAGGCACUCGCCUUGGUCCGCCCGUGGCGGGCAGCAAUUCAUCUGUCCCGCCGGUUUCCCAGGGGUCUUCGAGGACUCUGGAUCCCAUCGCUACCUCUUCCUCUGGAUUUCGGGUGAAGCACAACUCCUGCCCAGGAAAUGGCACCACUGCACCGAAAAAGAAGCGGACGCUCCCGCCUUCGUGGGGUGCUUAG